AUGCCCAUUAUUAUACGAGAGAGCAGAGCAGUGGUAGUGCUUUGCGCACUUUUACUGAGGAAAGAUUGGGGAAAUUCCUCAGAGGAAAAACUUUGCGCGAGACUUUACGCGGAAGCUUUUCAUUCCUUCUCUCUGUCUCGCGAAAGAAGCGCUUUCGUCGAGGAGGAGAUUAUGGGGAGAAACGACGACGACGACGACGACGCGCAGCAGCAGCAGAAAAGGCGGUCGUUGGUGUUCAAAGAGCGCAUCUCCUCCUUACUCUCGGAGUAUUUUUCCCAUCACGGAGACGUUUUGGAAUUCGUCAACUCCUUGACGGAAUCAUGCGUCUCGCGAGAACAACAACAACGACGGAGGAAGAAGAAGACAAACGCGAUGAUGAACACCAACAACAACUACUCUGACGAUGCUUUUAUCCUCGAAGUUGGCGAGAUGGUGGUCGCAAGAGCGAUUCGUUUGAGCUUAGACCGAGGGAUGAAGGAACGGGAGAUGUGCGCGAGAUUGAUGGAACGGUUAGCCUUCGGUGUGUGCUGCGUGAAGGGUGGUCCCGAGGAGGAGAAGGAGGAGACGAGGACGAGGAGUCAUUCAACAUCGUCGUCAUCAUCUGCCAGAGUAAUACAUAGGCAGAAUCACGAGGAGGAGGCGUCUGCGUCGUCUAAUUUCUAUUUCCCUCCGGAAGCGUUUGAAAACGCGUUCGAUUAUCUACUGUCCAUGUUAGCGGACGUGGAAAUCGACGUCCCGAAGGCGAUGGAGGACGUGUCGAGAUUUUUAGCGCGCGCGGUGAUCGACGACGUCGUUUCGGUGACGUAUUUAGAGGCGUGUUUGUCGAGACCGUCGGAGAUUUCCACGCGAGGAUGCGAGUGCGCGAGGAAAGGGAAGGAGUUGUUGGAGCAACCCGGGGGGGAUGUGGUUGUUCGGUCGGUGUGGGGCGGCGAGGGGUUGUGCGAGAACAGAGCGGACGAUUUGAGAGAACGCGUGAAACGGUUGACGAACGAGUACUUUCAAUCGUUGGAUUGCAAGGAGUGUUCGAGAAAUUUGAGAGCGUUGAAUGUGCCGUAUUACCAUCACGAGUUUGUGUAUAGGAUAUUGUCGGUCGCGAUUGAACGAGACGCGAUCGAUAAGUUUGCGUGCGGGAAACAAACUAUCGACGUGCUGAAGUAUUUAGGCAAAGAAGGCGCGGUGAAUUCGAGUCAGAUGGCGAAAGGAUUCGCACGGACAGCGAUACGAUUGAGAGAGUUGGCGUUGGAUUAUCCAAACGCUCCAGAAACGUUCGAACGAUUGGCGGAAACCGCGAAGUCGCGAGGAUUGUUACCGACCGGGUUGAGCUCGUGGGCGACGUUGAAAACGAGAAACGUGAGUUCGCACGCGAAGAAGCUGGGAUUACGUAAACAGCUUUUGAGAUUAGACUCGGCGGAAGAUUUGUUGGCGUUGGCGCACGAGAAUAGGCGUAGGUAUAACCAAUCGCCGUUAGGCAGUGUUGCCGAGGGAACCGCGUCGCAAGUAGCCGCACAGGCGAGAGGUGAACAACUGUCUCCAUCCUCGGCGAGGUUUCGCGAGCGAACGAACCGAAGAAGAAAUACUAUGAUGUCGUCAACAUCAUCGGCGGCGACGACAACUAAAGCGUUGCAUUUCGGAGGAGAAAACACGACGAGUGGUGAUUCCGGCGAAUCCGACAGCGGCGCCCGAAGUCGUUCGCAAUCUCCUCAACCGAUGAGUGCGGGUGGAUGGCUAUCGCCAUCCGGGGCGCGAAAUCGAAGGCGGAUGCAAAAUAACGCGGUUGACGUGGCGAUGCUUCGAGCGCAACUUGGGUCGACGCACCUCAUGCACCGAUCGUUGAAUGAAACCAGAGGAGCUAUUAUUGACAACGAUGAUGGAGAAGAGUCAACAUCACAACGUUCUCAAAGAAGGAGACGCGGUAUCGAAGCGCGUGAAGAAAACACGUGGCGGAGGAAGUUUUCCUUGAACAAGGAGCAUUUACGCACGCUUCGCGAAAUGCGAGCGAGAGAUAAUCACACCAAACACGUCGCCGAAGGCACGACGUUGAAAAUGCGGCGUAGGAAUAAUGCCAUGUAUUAUGCGAAAAUAAACAAAAAGGCGUCUGCUGCGACGAACAACAAACCGUUCUUACGACGCUCGCACUCCGCCCCGGGGGGUCUGCGCGAACUCGACGAACUCGCCAGUUUCGUCAGCGAUGUCGGUAAAGUCCACGAUUACUUACCAUUCAACGAUCGUUACGAAGUUGGUGAAACUAUGGGUAAAGGUGGCUUCGCCGUCGUUCGGAAAGCUAGACAUAAAGAGUCCAACGAAAUCAUUGCUGUCAAGACUAUUUCGAUUAAAGAGGUUUUGGAAUCAGACGACGAUUCCAAAAAGUCCAAAUCGGACGGAUCCUCCGAUGAAAAUUCAGACGACGACGACAACGACGACAACAGCGAGGCCGGCAGCAACUCGGAAGAGUUCGAAGCGAUGACUACUGAAGAAGUCUUAAACGAGCUCGCUUUAAUGCAACGCCUUUCCAGUCACCCGCACAUUGUUACAAUCCGCGAAUUCUUUACGGAGCAAAACGGUGCGGUCAUUCACGUCGUCAUGGACUUGUUGAAAGGUCAAGAACUGGAAGACGCGGUCGCAGAACAACCAAACGGUCGAUUCCCUGAACACAUCGCAAAAAAAAUUAUCCAUCAUCUCAUCGACGCAGUCGCGUUUAUGCACACAAAAGGUGUCAUACAUCGCGAUUUGAAACUGGAGAACAUCGUUUUGAAAGAGAAGGACGAUUACGACACGGCGACGAUUGUCGAUUUCGGUUUAGCGAAGGUUUUACGAACCAGACAAACGUCCGCGGGCGUGGACGGAACUGUCGCGUACGUGUCUCCCGAAGCUUUGUUGCAAGGCACAUAUGGUCAAGGCGUAGAUGUGUGGGCGUGCGGCAUCGCGCUGUUCGUUUUACUAUCCGGCGAAUGGCCGUUCGAGGAUGAGGACGAGGACGAGUUGAUUGAACUCAUUUGCGAGGCGAACAUUGAUUACUUCUUGUUUGAUUUUAGCGGCGUUUCGGAAACGGCAAAAGAUUUAUUGAAUGGAUUGCUAGAGCCGAAUCCAAAGAGACGCUUAUCUGCGGCCGCUGCGCUCGAACACGAGUGGUUCAACCCGGUGCACGAGAAGAACGAUUCGCAGCGAUUGCGAAGAGUCCACGGAAAAUUGGAAGCGUACUCGUACGUGGAGCAUCAACUCCCCGAAAGAAGGUUCGAAGAGGGCGAGUAUUUAUGCGUCAAAGGCCAGCCGUGCUUGGAGACAUUUUUGAUCACCAGCGGUGAGUGCACUGUCGAGGAAGGCAAAAGUGAUGACGAGACGGGGAAAAUAAUGAGAUUUCGACGAGCGUCCAACUUGGUCGGCGAAAUCGAUCCGGACGCGGAAACGUAUUCGGUAUCGGUCAAGGCGAAAGAAAAUACGCGCGCGCUCGUAUUCACAAAAGACGAUAUCGCGUGGGCGAAUAAACGCGAUUAUCGCUUGACGCAAGCUUUUAACAACGCCAUAAGAGAACGCAGGCGCGUCGUCGCGAAAUACGAGGCGAGACUGCGAAAUAUUGCGAAGCAGAAAGAGCGCACGGAAACUCGCCAUCAAUCGGAAUUUGUUCGCCGCUAA